AUGGACCAUCUCGAGCCCUACGACCUGUGCAGUGUGGCACAGACCUGCGCCGCUCUCGACCGAGUGAGCAGCGCCGACUGCAUCUGGCGUCGGUUUUGUGAUGUCGGUACGCCGUGGAAGGGCAAGUACAUGAAGUGGCUCGCGCCUCGGUUAAAGCGAUUUGCCCGCAGAAGACAGGCGGAAAUGCAGUCUACCACGCCGAGCCCAGCAGAGCGAACAUUGAAGGUGGUGCUCUACGGUGAUUGGGGUCCGUUCGAGAGGAUUGAGCGACUGAUUUCGGUGGAAACAGGUGUGGGCAAGAGCACGCUCCACCGCCGUCUCACUGGUUAUCGGUAUGUGCCCUACCAACCGCCAACAACGUUGCGCAUUCCAUACCGGGUUCAGACUCUCCAGAUCGCGGGACUGCCCGUCACCCUCCAUCUUGGAGCCAAGGCGGAUCUGGAGGAGCGUAGGCAGGUGACGGCUGCGGAAGGCCAGGCCCUGGCUCUCGAGCUCGGCACACUCUGGGCCGAGACCAGCAGCUUGACCGGAAGAGGAGGUGCGGCCAGCUGA